CAAAACUUUACGCGUCUUCCCUUUUAGUCUUCUUGAACUUGAAGUAAACCAAACUACUUUGAUUCAAAACUCUAAUAAAUCUCCGAAUCCACUUUCCUCUCUUCUCCGGCUAAUCUCCCACUAUGUUCCGCCUCAGAGCUCCCGGCAAGAAGCCCAUUACCAUCACCACCACCACCACCACUACAACCACCGCGUCCACUUUCCUCUAUUGGUCACCGGAAUCUUCCCCCACCGCCGUAUCUUCUCCAACGUCUAUGGAUCCAAUCAUCUGGUCCGGUUUACCAAACCACAUCCUCGACCACAUCCUCUCUUUCCUCCCUUUCAAAACCCUCGUCUCUCUUCGAUCAAUCUCUCGCCAUCUCCGAUCUCUCAUCCUCUCUACGACUUUCCUCUCCGACCACUCUUUCUCUCUCCCUUCUUUCCUCCUCCUCUCUCACCCUCAGUCUUUCCAGUCUUUCCCUCUCUUCGACCCAACUCUCCACUCGUGGCGCACGUUACCACUCCCUCGCUCCCUCUCGCUAACCUGCGCCUCCUCUCUCCUCUCUUCUUCCUCCCACAGUCUCCUCUGUUUCUCCCUCUCCCCUUCCUCUGCUUCUUCUCUUUCCGUCUUUAAUCCCUUAACCAGAUCCUCCAGAUCUGUUAAAUUCCCGUUUUACCCUUUCCCUUACGAGCUUCUCUCCCUCGUCGCUUCCGCUGACGGUUACCGAAUCUUCACCCUCUGCUCCUCCGGCGCUUCGAGAUCCGUUUACCUCUACGAUUCCGGCGAUCGCUCAUGGAGAAAAUUCGGCGGCGUUGAUCAUGUUUUACCUCGUGGUUUUAAUCAAGAUGGAGUCUUUUACAAUGGGUCGUUGUAUUUCGUCAGAUCCGAGCCUUUUCUGCUCGUGAGCGUAAAUCUCGACGACGGAAAGUGGACCACAGCUACCGGAGAUGGAGUAUUUCCGGCGGAAGAUGAGAUCACGUUUGCUAGGUUAGUGAGUGAUUCAGAGAAGAAGAUUCUUUACAUGGUGGGAGGAAUUGGGAGCAACGGGAUUUGCAGGAGCAUCAAGAUUUGGGAGUUUAAGAAAGAAACAGAGAAUUGGAUUGAAGCUGAAACAUUACCGGAGAUUGUUUGUCGGAAAUUCACUUCGGUUUGUUACCACAAUUAUGAGCACGUUUACUGUUUGUGGCAUAAGGAGAUGAUCUGUGUUUGUUGCUAUAAUUGGCCUGAGAUUCUCUUCUUUCAUGUUGGGAGAAGAACAUGGCAUUGGGUUCCAAAGUGUCCAUCGUUGCCGGAGAAAUGGAGCUGUGGGUUUCGUUGGUUCUCUUUCGUCCCGAGCUUGUCUGUUUCUGCUUAGUUACAUAUUGGUCUUCAUUUUUUGUGUGUCACUGUAUUUGUUAUUGUCUUUGUUUGAAAUCUCCAUUUUAUUUUGUUUGUGAAAUAAAAGGUCGUUAAUUAGGCAUUUGUUUGUUUUCAUCAUCCAUUUGUAUCAUAUAUAUUAUAAGCCAAAUAUAUAUAUUUUUUUAAACUCUCUCGUUCAAUUUCAGAGUGAUUAUUUACU